GAGAUGAAGAAGAAAAAAAGGUGGGAAGAAAUGGGGAGGGGGUACAGACACUGCAUCAUUCACAUACUGCGGCUGAUGUCAUUUCCUAAGCACCAUAAUUGGACGUCAAUGACUCCCAGAGCCCUGAAGAAUGGUUACAAACACACCAACACACACUCCCCUCGAGGGAGAGCUUGCUGCUUCGCUGAUCCAUUGAAUCCUUAAUUGCUCGAACCCUCUGCCACCAACACACGCACCUGUGAGGGAGAGAGAGAGAGAGACUCGUGCGCGCGUGGCAAAUUUUCGCACUCACCUAUCCACGGGCUUCUGCUGCUGGUGCUGAUGCUGGUGCUGGUGCUGAUGCUGUGGCCCCCGUGUGGCCCCUCCCUUCCCGGAUCGGAUCGACACAUCCUAACUCUAUCACCGGGAGCGUCGGGAGAUCCCUGCUGACCGGGCUGCAGCCGAACCGGUGCUGAUUCAGAACAGGAGAAGAAGAAGAAAAAAAAAGCGAGAUUUUUUUAUUUAUUAUUUUUGUCUUUGAAAGGAAAGCGGCAGCGGCGCAGACCCGUGGGCGGCUUUUCCGUCUGGACCCAGAUUUGACAAGCGACCUCCCCAAAAAUAACAGCCCGUAUUGUCAAGAUGUGGCGCUGAGGAGCGGGAUGUAGAAAGCGGUCAGAGAGCCGUUCAUGUGGGGGCUUUCAGCGACACGUUUCCCCACUUCACAUCUCUGACAGAACUCCAUUAAAAAAAGUGACACCUGAGACAUCCUCAGAAGCAGCUCCAACACCCAGACUGAAUGUGUCCACCCCGUGUUGGACGGACUCCUGAAGAGCACAAGACGGAUGCGGACAAACUGAGAGCAGCUCGGCAACAGUCUCGGAACACCCUCAUCCUCUCCGCCGCCGGCUUUCUAGGGGACUUUCGCACCGGGGAGGCAGCACAGCCAGGUAGGUAGGAGCUCCGGCUGUGCGCAAAGUGAUGAAGGAAGAAGAUGCCAUUCCACCAUGUGCGGGCAGGCCUGCUCUAUCCAGACAACUAUCUGAGCAGCUCCCUGACGGAGGGCAGCGAAGCCUUCCAGCUCACCAGCCUCUCCACAGAGGAGCUGGGAGAGAUCCGUGAAGCCUUUCGGGUUUUGGAUCGUGACGGGAAUGGUUUCAUCUCCAAGCAGGAGCUGGGCAUGGCCAUGCGCUCCUUGGGUUACAUGCCCAGCGAAGUGGAGCUGGCCAUCAUCAUGCAGAGACUGGACAUGGAUGGAGAUGGUCAGGUCGACUUUGAGGAGUUCAUGACGAUUCUGGGGCCAAAGCUGCUGUCGUCCGACAACAGAGAAGGAUUCCUGGGAAACACUAUCGACAACAUCUUUUGGCAGUUUGACAUGCAGCAGCUGUCUCUGGAUGAGCUCAAGCAGGUGCUGUUUCACGCCUUCCGGGACCACCUGACAAUGAAGGACAUAGAGAACAUCAUCAUCACAGAGGAAGAGAGCCUCAAUGAGACCUCAGGGAACUGUCCUGAGUAUGAAGGAGUUCAUCCGAAGAAGAAAAACAGGCAGACGUGCGUGAGGAAAAGCCUGAUCUGCGCCUUCGCCAUGGCUUUCAUCAUCAGUGUCAUGCUUAUCGCAGCCAAUCAGAUGCUACGGAAUGGCAUGGAGUGAAAUAAUUGCACUGUGAGCCUUGGAAGUGGACAGAAUAGCCAUGACCUCACACCUUGUCUCUGCCGCCAAAGCUGGACCAGCCACAACCCGAGCACUCCUCUAAACAAUCUUUGGAGCAGAAAAUAUAAUAAAAUGUACAAAUGUGUAUUUGGUUUUGAACAAAGAUGUCACCAUAGUUAGUUACUGGACUGAUCAUAAAGAACCUAAACUGCAAAAAGAGGGAUGGUUUUAUAUCAAUUGCAUUUAUUUUCUUUUGAGACCAAAAUCACCCUUUAAACUUACUUUUUAGCCACUAAAGUUCUUUAUCAGGUGCUUUAAUUAUUUUUUAGAACUAUGUAUUGCUGUGGACGACUGAAUAAUUGCCCUCCAGAGGUUGCACUGAAUGUGAGCACUGAACUGCAUUUUAGACAUUCCUUACAUUUCAUGUAGCCAUGUAGCAACGGCUCACUUUUUUUGUGAAGCAUUUGCAUCAUCUCCGCCCACAAAAAAAUAUGUAAAAAGGGUCGCACAUGACUUAUUUAUGUAUAUCAACAGAAAGCACAAUUAAAAACUCAGCGAGGGACCACUUAAAAAGCAUCAUUGUCUCAAUAUCUAUGUGUUGACUUGAUGCGAGUUUUAUGUGGUGUAAAAUGCAUAAUUGGCUCAGAGAAGGUGUAAAACGUUAGAAAAGCCAGACUGAAAUCAAUAGUUAUGUGCUACAAAAAGAAAUGCAGCCCUCAUCGCAACACAACAGAGGUGAGGUAAAUAUCAUCAAUAUCAAGAGCAUGCCAGUAUAUUCACUGCCGUUAACUCCUGUGGAUUGCACUGUAUAUAUGUACUCAGCUUGUGUAAACCAUGAACCGUUUCAAGAGUGGACUAUAUAAAAGAUAGAAACCACUGAGCUACAUCAGGGACUCAAAGCAGAGCCAGUCUGUUGCUAUGGUUAUGCGUGAAGAGGGUGCUCUCUAGUGGUUAAAAGGUGUUUGGACAAAAAUCUGAGCCACUUAAAUGUCACAAAAUAAUUUCAAAAUUAAUUUUGCUAAACUAAGAUGAAUAUUUUUUAACCUGUUUUUUGUCAAACACUCUGUAUAUUGUAGUAAGUUCCUUACAGGGACACCACAUGAGGGUAAAAGCUUUGUCAUGCAGGGCAAUAUAACACUCUUAUUUUGCUUCUACUUCUGAAUACUUUGAUGAAUUUAGAGACAGAAUCAGUUUUUUUUUGUGAAAUGAGUUUAUCUAACAGUGGGUUCUGUAGCUUUAACAUAUUUAGGCUUACUUUAAUUUGAGAAUUUCUUUUAGCUUUUUUCAUCAUUUGCCUCCAUUAGUAAAACACUAUUUCUGUAAAAGUUAUUUCUAAUAUGUGUCAACAGAUGAAUAAAGGUUAAGGAUGAUGGGGAGGGAUGGCUUAAAAAAUAAAUAAAUAAAAAUCAGCUUUGUAAGUGAAAUGUACAAUACUGUAAAUCAGUAUGCAUGUUGUUGUUUAGAUUUCCACGUCUUUAAAAUACAGGAAAUUCAGUAAAUCAUUGUGAUGGCUCAGCCUUGACUACAUAUACAUAUAUUUACAUAUGUAUAUGUAUAUAUGUGUGUACAUAUAUAUGCACUCUCACCUAUUUGACUUUACAGUUUAUAUUAUAAUAUUAUAAUAGCCAUUUUAUAGUUUCUACCAGCUAUUAAUCAAAACAUAGAACAGAAGAGGGCAUUUUUCAUGAAUAUGCAAAUACAAGGUCACAUCAUUGUCUUCUCUGUUAUGCAUCACUGAGAGGAGAAAGUCUCACAGUUGAAGGGGAAACGCUCAAACCAACAUGCUGUUUGUCUCUUGAAUUGGAUGUCCUCACUGCCUGUAGUCUCUAUAAAGUGUCGUGUAAUGUAAGCUUCACUUCUCCCGUUCGUCCGAACACACUCGCAUCUUAAAAAUGGAUCUUGUCCUCACUUUUGUCUGUUGGAGUCCCUUUUCAGAAACCAGCAUAAACCGCUUCAUCGUGUCGGCGAUUCUGUAACUACUGUGCCAUUCUUUGCAUGGCUGUUCAAGGGACAAACCGUCCUUCAAACUUUUUAAUGUUUACACUAUUAUACGGUACAUCUCUGACAAAACGGUUCACAAUUUUCAUUCUUUUUUGGGAUUUUUUUUCUUUUUUUAACAGAACAUGUUUUUACCAGCUGUAGAUUGUAUAAAAAUCAACAUAAAUACGUAAUACAACCUUGGCAUGCUGCUUAGAAAAGGAGAAAGAAAACAGCAAUAGUUAUGGAUAUUUAAAAUGCAAAGUCCAACGUGUUUAAUCUGAAAACUGUAUCUAUACGUGUUUAUGCAAUAAAGACUUGUUUUGAUAGAAAUGGA